AUGCAGGUUCCUUUGAUUCGACUCCAGUGCGGAGUCAAUUCCUACGACUGGGGCAAGAAGGGCGCUGACUCGGUGGCCGCACAAUAUGCCUCGGCCACGCCCGCCGAAGGGUUCUCCAUCCAGGAGGACAAGCCGUACGCCGAGCUGUGGAUGGGCACGCACCCGUCCAACCCGUCCAAGGACGUCGAGACCGGCCGCGACCUGCUCGACCUCGUCCAGGACAACCAGGCGCUGCUGGGCAGUGCCAUCGCAGCCAAGUACAAGCAGAAGCUGCCCUUCCUCUUCAAGGUCCUGUCCGUCAACAAGGCGCUGUCCAUCCAGGCCCACCCCAACAAGAAGCUCGCCGAGCAGCUCCACGCCCGCGACCCCAAGAACUACCCCGACGACAACCACAAGCCCGAGAUGGCCAUUGCCAUUACGCCCUUUGAGGGCCUCUGCGGCUUCCGCCCGCUCGCCGAGAUUGCCCAUUUUCUGAAGGCGGUGCCGGCGCUGCGCCAGCUGGUCGGCGAGGACGUCGCGGCUGCCUUUGCGCAGACGGUCCAGGGCCACGAGACAGACGAGGCCCCCGACGCCGCGCACAAGAACAAGGCCGCGCUCAAGAGCCUGUUCUCGGCGCUCAUGUCCGCGUCCCCGUCGGCCCUCGCCGCCGCGACAACCAGCCUGCUGGCGGCCGUGGACAGCCCCCGCGCCGACGAGGAGUUUGCCGCGGGCGGCGUCGCGUCGUCGUCGGGCGCCACGCUCGCCAAGCUGAUCCAGCGGCUCUACGGCCAGUUCGGCGUCGACUACGGCCUGUUCAACCUCUUCUUCCUCAACUACGUCACCCUCCAGCCCGGCGAGGCCCUGUUCCUGUGCGCCGACGACAUCCACGCCUACAUCUCGGGCGACAUUGUCGAGUGCAUGGCCGCCUCCGACAACGUCGUGCGCGCCGGCUUCACGCCCAAGUUCAAGGACGUCGACACCCUGACGUCCAUGCUGACCUACAACUACGCCCCCAUCGACGAGCAGAAGAUGCACCCCGUCGACUACCCCUACGCCACGCUCAACCGCCCCGCCUACAGCUCCAACUCCGAGAGCGCCCUGUACGACCCGCCCAUUGAGGAGUUUAGCGUCGUGCGCACCGCCCUCAAGAGCAACGGCAGCAAGGCCACGCUCGACCCUCUCGACGGCCCCAGCAUCGUCAUCUGCACGGGCGGCCGCGGCACCAUCUCGGUCGGCCCCAAGGUCGAGCAGGUCGAGGAGGGGUACGUGUACUUUGUGGGCGCGACGGCGGAGGCCGUGCUGGAGGCCAAGAGCCUUCAUGACGGCGAAGAAUUUGUCACGUUCCUGGCUUUCUGCGAGGUCGACGGCGACGGGGAUGCUGCUGCUGCAAAUGGCGCCAAUGGUGCUUGA